UUUUUUUUUUCUUUCUUUCCAGCUUUGUUUACCUUAUAAGGAUGGUCACCAUUUACAAAGUCUAAAGUGCCUGUUGUCUUCCCCUCGAUUUCAACAAAUAGUUCCCCGAACCAGAACGGUCCUUGUGAAAGAUGGCUGGGCAUUCAAUCUUGCUGGCUGCUGUCUCAGUCCUGUCUGCCUGUCAGCAAGGUUACUUUGCUGGGCAUGUAGGAAAGGCAAGAUUAAAAUACAAAAUUACACCCCCAGCAGUGUCUGGGUCACCAGAGUUUGAGCGAAUAUUUCGUGCACAACAAAACUGUGUGGAGUUUUACCCCAUAUUUCUGAUUACAUUGUGGAUGGCUGGAUGGUAUUUCAAUCAAGUUUUUGCUACCUGUCUAGGUCUGGUGUACAUAUAUGCCCGUCACCACUAUUUCUGGGGAUAUUCAGAAGCAAUUAAAAAAAGGGUCAUCGGGUUCCGGCUGAGUCUGGGGGUUCUGGCCUUGCUAACAGUCCUGGGCGCCUUGGGGAUUGCAAACAGCUUUCUGGAUGAAUACCUGGACCUCAAUGUCGCCAAGAAACUGAGACACUUCUAAUGUUCCCCCCUCCCUUUGCCCAAAUGCUUGCAGAAGGUGUUUCCACCCCGAAAGUUAUAUGGGACCACUUAAUUUUUAAAAAGUCUUUCUUUUGUUUUCCUUGAAAUGGCUUUGUAGGAACAUACCCGUUAGAGAACACGUUGCCUGUUUAAGAAGCGCAGUCUGCUCCCGCAGCGUGUCCCCGCGUCGUCAGUGCCUGCGCGCAGAGCCCGGGUUUGGGAUGUGUGCACUCAAGUCAUGACCGACAGGGCAGAGAGCAGCCUACCACGUGCUGGGCUUUCUUGGGGCCACCGCCAUCACCUGCCUCUGAAACUACCUCUCUCUCUCUUUUAAUGUUUGUCUUAUUUUUGAGAGAGAGAAAAAGCGUACAAGUGGGGAAGGGGCAGAUAGAGAGGGAACUGUUAUGGUGCUGAAUCCACAAAUGGACUUCAGUAUGUUCCUUUCAAAGCUGGCUUUCUUCUCUUCCCUUUGCUGUAUCUCUUGGGGUGCAAAUUUAGAAAAUUUUAGUUGUGCGGUUGAAUUGAAAGGACCGGGAAUGAUUGAUCUCCACUGUUAAUGGUAUCAAGAAUUUUGAGACAAGAACUGCAGUUAAUCAAUUAAAACCGAGGCAUAAGAAUAUCUGUUUAAUUAAGGCUGGUGAUCCCGUGACAACACUGAAAUAAACUACACUUGGGAUUGAUUCAGAUAA